UUGACGACCCCUUUAUAUGAAUUCUGAAUCGGCGCUGACCGUGGAAGGCGAAACUUUGGCUUUGCCGUUGCACUGAGGCAAUACUGUAAGGAAUGAGGACAAGCGCCGAUGGAGGAGCACCGGAGGUGACUCUGGAGACUUCGAUGGGCGCCUUCACCGUCGAGCUGUAUUACAAGCACGCUCCAAAAACUUGCAGGAACUUCCUUGAACUGUCUCGUAGAGGGUACUACGAUGGUGUGAAGUUCCACCGGAUUAUCAAGGAUUUUAUAGUGCAAGGUGGGGAUCCUACAGGAACAGGGAGGGGUGGGGAGUCCAUAUAUGGUAAGAAGUUUGAAGAUGAAAUAAUGAAAGACUUGAAGCACACUGGAGCUGGGAUUUUAUCCAUGGCUAAUGCUGGUCCUGAUACAAAUGGAAGCCAGUUCUUCAUUACAUUGGCACCUUGUCCGAACCUGGAUGGAAAACAUACCAUCUUUGGAAGAGUUUGUGGUGGGAUGGAGAUAAUCAAAAGACUUGGGAGCGUUCAGACUGACAAAAGUGACAGGCCCAUUCAUGAUGUGAAGAUAUUGAGAACGUCCGUCAAAGAUUAAAUGCUGCAAGGCAAGACGACAAAUCCAGAUAGAACUUAGGAAUCAGCAAUCGAUGUAUGCAAUCAAUGUCGACAACCGCUCUGCAGACCUGAAGCUGCUGAGAAUGUAAUUUGGCUUCAAAGGGGUACUGUUUUGCCCCUCGACAGCAAUCGUGGAUCUCAAUUCUCAACCUGCCUUGUUUGUAAAAAUGCUUAUGUCAAGAUAAGCAAAUUUUAUUAGAGAAAACUCAGCUGCGUUGUCUCUUAGACCCAAACCGGGCAUUGUUUGAAGUCCUGAUCCAAAGUAUUACAUUGUGCCUAGCUUUAACGUUCCGCCUUUGGAUUCUGGUGGCGUUUAUCUGUGAAAGAGUUAUCCUUUGUUAGCGAGAGCUAAAAUAUUAGAUGUGGAACCUAGCCAUUUUUCCUUUAUUUAUAUCUGGUCCUAUUCC